AUGGAGCCACCGGGUCGCGUGGAAUUCUCAAAUUCCUCCGGCGGCUGGCUGGAUUGCUCGGCCUCGGGCAGCCCGCAGCCAACGAUCGACUGGGUGCAUGCAGAUGGCACGGCCGUGACGGAGAUUCACGGCGUGCGGCGAGUCCUGCGCAAUGGCACGCUCGUCCUGAUGCCGUUCGCAGCGGCUGCCUAUCAUCAGGACGUGCACAAUACGAUCUAUCGUUGCAUUGCCAGCAACUCGGUGGGUCGCAUUGUCUCGCGCGAUGUGCAAGUGCGGGCGGUUGUGGCCCAAGCGUACAAAGUUGAUGUCGAGGUAUUAUCAGCAUCGCGAGGCUGCACCGCCAUUUUGCGCUGCGUGGUGCCGACGUUUGUCAAGGAAUUGGUGCGAGUGGUCUCGUGGGUUCAUGAACCCGCUAUCUACAUCUAUCCAUCGUUGCAAGGCGAUGGAAAAUUCCAUUUGCUGCCCACCGGCGAGCUGCUCAUCCACAACUUGCAGGAAACCGAUGAGUCGCAGUCCUUCCGAUGCCGCAGCAUGCAUCGCCUGACCCGUCAGGUCGUUGUCAGCUCACCCACACGACUGAGAAUCAACUCACAUCGCGGCAUCAUCUCGCCGAGCGUUGUGGAGCACACAGCCCAUGUGCAGGUAUCGCAGGACGAGGGGGCAGUGUUGUUGUGCGUGGCACAGGGCUGUCCUUCGCCUGAAUAUAGCUGGUACACCCAAAACGGUCCCGGUCCUCUGCCCGUUCUGAGCGGUCCACGUGUGCGUCUGCUCGGACCCAUUCUAGCCAUUGAGGCCGUCACUGGUGAGGAUUCAGGCGUCUACAAAUGUACGGCCAGCAAUGUGGGUGGCGAGGCCAGCGCCGAAUUGCGCCUCACUGUGGCCACACCCAUACAGGUGGAGAUCUCGCCGAAUGUAUUGAGCGUCCAUAUGGGGGGACAGGCGGAGUUUCGCUGCCAGGUCACUAGUAAUGGCAGCCCAGUGGGCAUGCAGAACAUACUUUGGUACAAGGACGGACGUCAGCUGCCCUCGUCCGGGCGCAUUGAAGAUACAUUGGUGGUGCCACGUGUCAGUCGUGAGAAUCGGGGCAUGUAUCAGUGUGUGGUGCGACGACCUGAGGGCGAUACAUUUCAGGCCACAGCGGAACUGCAAUUGGGAGAUGCGCCGCCGGUGCUGCUCUAUAGCUUCAUCGAGCAGACACUGCAGCCAGGGCCAGCUGUGAGCUUAAAAUGCUCAGCAGCCGGCAAUCCAACGCCACAAAUUUCAUGGACAUUGGACGGAUUUCCGCUACCAUCAAACGGAAGAUUUAUGAUCGGACAAUAUAUCACGGUGCAUGGCGAUGUAAUUAGUCAUGUUAACAUCAGCCAUGUCAUGGUCGAGGAUGGUGGCGAGUACGCCUGCAUAGCCGAGAACCGUGCUGGAAGAGUUCAACACGAGGCCCGCUUGAAUAUUUAUGGUCUACCCUAUAUACGGCUCAUACCAAAGGUGACCGCUGUGUCCGGCGAGACGCUAAAUCUGAAAUGUCCCGUUGCUGGCUACCCCAUCGAGGAGAUACACUGGGAGCGGGGCGGGCGGGAACUGCCGGAUGAUAUACGGCAGCGAGUACAACCGGACGGAUCGCUGACCAUUAGUCCGGUACAGAAGCACACGGAUUCGGGCGUAUAUACAUGCUGGGCCCGCAACAAACAGGGUCACAGUGCGAGACGGAGUGGAGAGGUUACGGUCAUAGUGCCACCGAAGCUUAGUCCCUUCCAAACAUCCAUCUUGCAACUGAACAUGGGCGAUCGGGCCUCGUUGACCUGUUCCGUGGUGAAGGGCGACUUGCCGCUCACGAUCAACUGGCGCAAGGAUAAUCGGCCGAUUGACGCCACACAGCAUAUGUCCGUGAAACAGGUGGACCAAUACAAUAGCAUACUGGUCAUUGAGAAUCUGGGGAGUGAUCAUACGGGCAAUUAUUCGUGUGUGGUGCGCAAUUCGGCGGCCGAGGUGGAGAACUCGCAAGCACUGCUGGUCAAUGUGCCGCCGCGUUGGAUUGUGGAGCCCGCCGAUGCGAAUGUGGAACGUAAUCGCCAUAUAAUGCUGCAUUGCCAGGCACAGGGCGUGCCCACGCCCAGUAUUGUCUGGAAGAAGGCGACAGGCAGUAAAUCUGGCGAGUACGAGGAAGUGCGUGAGCGUCCCUUUACGAAAUUAUUGGGCAACGGCUCCCUACUGCUGCAGCACGUAAAGGAGGAUCGCGAGGGAUUCUAUUUGUGUCAGGCGAACAAUGGCAUCGGUACUGGGAUUGGAAAGGUCAUUCAGCUGAAAGUUAAUUCCUCGCCAUACUUUUCAUCCACAUCGAGGUCGGUGACGGUUAAAAAGGGCGACACGGCUCUGCUGCAAUGCGCCGUCAGCGGUGACAAGCCGAUUAACAUUGUGUGGAUGCGUUCAGGCAAGAACACAUUGAAUCCUUCCACAAAUUACAAAAUCUCUGUUAAGCAGGAGGCCACGCCCGAUGGUGUCUCGGCGGAGCUGCAAAUCCGUUCCGUGGAUGCCAGCGAUAGUGGGCCGUACUUUUGUCGAGCCAGCAACUUGUAUGGCAACGAUCAGCAGUUGGUGCAGUUGCAAGUCCAAGAGCCGCCACAGCCGCCGAAUGUCCUCGAAGCAGCCAUGAUAUCCAGUCGUUCGGUCAACCUCAAGUGGCAGCCAAAACCGCUUAACACAGGCGAUGUCUCCAAAUAUAUUGUGGAGUAUCGUGAAGCGGAUCCAGCCCUUUUCAUCGAGCAGUGGCAACAUUUGGAAAUCAAGGACCCGCCCACCUACAACGCUCUCAUCGAGAACCUGAAACCGGCUACCCGUUACGCCUUUCGUGUCAUAGCCGAAGGCACUGCCGGACGUAGCGCUCCCAGUCAGGAGCUUAUAGUUCGAACCGAACCCCAGCGCCCAGCUGGUCCGCCUCUAAAUCUCUCUGCCCGUCCUUUGAGCUCCACCGAGCUGCUCAUUAGCUGGGUAGCGCCGCUGCCCGAGCUCCGCCACGGCGACAUUCAGGGCUAUAAUGUGGGCUAUAAGCUGGCUAGCGCCGGCAAUACUGCCUAUAACUUCACCUCAGUAGCUGGUGAUGGCGAGGGGGGCACUGGGGAGCUGCUCCUGAGUGGACUGCAAAAAUUCGCACGCUACAAUGUCGUUGUGCAGGCCUUCAAUCAGGUGGGACCAGGACCGCUUACCGAACCCACAUCUGCUCAGACAAUGGAGGACGUUCCCAGUCGCCCACCGGAAGAUGUUCGUUGUGCCGCCUUGACCUCCCAGUCCCUGCAAGUUUCCUGGCAACCACCUCCCAUUUAUCACACCAAUGGCCUGCUGCAAGGAUAUAAGCUCAUCUUCGAACCCAUCAUAGACGAUUUGCUCCUCAGCAAGGACGAGGUAGAGUCGAGGAAAACGACUGCCCUGACUACUGUACUCACCGGCCUUCGAAAAUACACCAACUACAGCAUUCAGGUGUUGUCCCACACACGCAUGGGCGAUGGCGUGCUCUCCAAUCCGCUCUUCUGCCACACCGAGGAGGAUGUGCCUGAAGCACCUGCUGAUAUCAAAGUCGUGGUUAGUUCCCCACAAUCGCUCUACAUUUCGUGGCUGGCACCAACGGAACCUAACGGGGUGAUAACGAAAUACAGUCUCUACACACGUGUUGUGAAUGGACGCGAGGAGCUGAAUAAUGAGAAGCGCAGCCUUCCCUCCCAGCAAGCCUACUACGAAGCCAAGAACUUGCAUCCCCAUAUGGAGUACCAGUUCUGGGUGACAGCCUCAACCCGAGUGGGCGAGGGCAAGAGCUCUAGGGUUGUGUCCCAAAUCACCACUAAUCGUGUGCCCGCACGCAUCAUAUCCUUUGGUGGCCCAGUGGUGCGUCCGUGGCGGUCCACCGUCACCCUACCCUGCACCGCGGUCGGCAAGCCAAAGCGCGAGUGGUACAAGGCCGAUAUGAUAUUGCGUCAGGGAGGUGUCCACAACACCCAGUUGCUCGAAUCGGGCGAUCUCAUUAUCUCCAGUCUCCAAGUGACAGAUAGCGGCAACUAUAGCUGCCAGGUGGACAAUGGCAUCGGCACGGAUCGGCUCACGCACAUGCUGCUGGUACAGGUACCGCCCUCUGCCCCAGUCCUCUAUGUGACUAGCGCCACGUCGGGCAGCAUACUGAUGCAUUGGAAGUGCGGCUUCACCGGCAAUGCACCCAUCACCGGGUACACCCUCUACUACCGGCGAUCCACUGGCAACACAGACGAGAUGCAACUCUCACGCCACGCCUCCAGUCACGAGCUAAAGGGUCUGGUCUGCGGCAGCACCUAUCAAAUCCAUUUGACUGCCCACAAUAAGGUGGGAACCUCGCCACCCAGUACUACUCUCCAUGUUCGCACACAGGGCCAGGCACCAGGCAUGCCAGCUACGACCAGUCUACUGGCUCCCAAUUCGACCUCGGUCCUCAUUCGACUCCACACCUGGCCAGACAAUGGCUGUGCGCUACUGUUCUUUGUGCUGCAAUAUCGAGCUAUAACCGAUGAUGGCGACCAUGAGUGGAUUUUGGUUUCGAAUGCGUUGAAGCCUCAACGUCGCGUUACUAUCCCUAAUCUACAGCCCUCAACGCUCUAUCAGCUACGAAUGGAGGCCCACAAUGUGGCAGGCGUCUCGAAGGCGGAAUUCACGUUUGUGACGCUGACCAAAGACGGGGAUCCACCACCACCAGAGAUUGUGCAACGGGGCCAGAGGGGACCAAGUGUGUUCUAUGGAAACAUCAAUCUGCUGAUACCGACCAUAGCAGCGGUCUCGGGCAUGGUCUGCACCAUUGUGCUGGUUAUUCUGUGCUGGAGAUAUACCGUCCACCUCUCUGCUGCAGAACAAAGCAAUCACAUACAAAAGGAGUCGCUUGAGAAUCGCGCCAAUUCCGAGGCGGCGCAGCGGGAACGCUAUUAUGCCACCAUUCACAAGGUUGCCAUGCAGAACAAUGAAAAAAUACCGGAAACCUCCGAGGAUAUAUCGCCGUAUGCCACCUUCCAAUUGUCGGAGGCGGGCAACAUGUCGCAGCAACACCAUGGGGGACCGGCCAAUACGUUGCUGCAUUCGUUUAUGUACCACGAGCGAGCCCUGGCCGAGGGCUGCUCGUCGCCACCACCAGCUGCGUCCAAGAACCGGCGACGCCACUCACGCAAGACCGAGCCGGAAAGCGAGGAAUCCGAGUCGGAUCAGGAUCAACUAACUUCCAGUCGUACAGAGUCUUCCAAUCAGCACGAGGGAAAAAUCAAGCACAGUAUCAUCUACCAUGGAGCACAAUCAAGCACAUCCUCCGAUCUGUCACCAAUGUCCGAACAAAAAUCAUUGCCACGUCGCGGUCGCUCCAGGUAUCAUCAUCAGCAAUAUCAGUUUUCCACCAAUACCACACCGCGCCACCACAACAGUAGCAAAAACAGCACAUCAAAUACAGGCAACAACACAGCCACAACAACAUCGAACAAUCCGGGCAAAAUUCUAUCACCCCGCAAUGGCAAUGGGAAUGGCAAUGGAGCCGGCACCGGAGCCGGAGCGGGAGCGGGAAAUUUGAAAUCCAUAUCGAGUACAUUUAAAUCACAAGAUUCCAUACAGUGUCAUAUACCCACAUUGGUCAAGUCGCCAUCGAUAACCACACAACAACAGAAACAGUAUCACAAACAACAACUACAACAACAGCAACAACACCAGUCGAAUAGCAACUCCCAGUGUAGUGCCAGUAAUAACAGUAGUUUGAAGCAACAGCAACCCCUAUUGAUAACCCCAAAGCUCCAUCCGCACCAGCUGUCCGCCACCGGCGGUGGCAACAACAGCAAGAGCUCCUCGCUCGAGCCGCAUGCGAAUGGCAACGAGCUGCUCGGUGUGGUCGAUGGCAGCUGUAGCAGUAGCCCCCUAGCAUCAGUCGUCCCCGUCACUUGCAUGCCACCCUCCUCACAGUUUCGACCCAUUCCCCAUAAGUCUAUAAUGCCGACCCACGCCGAAAUGGCCGCCUCAGCCGGCCAGAGCACUCUCUUGAAUCCCUCGACAGCCCUGCUGUCGUCCAAGUUCUUUACAGCGCCCACGCUGCCCAAAUAGGAUACGGCCAAUGGGGGGAGUGAAUGUGGUGAUAAUAGUUUGAUGGGGUGCAGUAGCUUCGGCUACGACAGCGGCGAGAUAUCCUGCACCUACAUGGACCCCAUAGAUCAGACAUGAGAUUUAGCCUAUGGUGAGGUGUGUGGACCCGAGGGAGCGCAUUAGCAGCGACAACAACACCUCCACAUUAGCUCACCACCACCACCACCAACAACAACAAAACAAGAACAACAACAACAACAACAACCACCACACAACAACUAAAUCUUUAGUGAACGUUCGGGCGUGGUUGCUGCCAAGCCACACUAAAUAUAAAAACGAAAACGAAACCAAACCAAACCAAACCAUCAACCAACUCUGGACACUCUUCUCCCCCUCAUAUUCCAUAAUAUUCCACAUGCAGGGCUGGCAUUUUGCGAACGCUGCAUCCGCUGCAGCUGCAGGCCGAAUGCAAUUUAGUGCCAGGGGCUGGAGCCGCCGCCGGCACCGCUGGUGCCUUCCACCAUCAGCUCUCCAACGAGCCGGA